AUGGAUUACACCAUGGAAGAUAACCAAAACUCGGCCCCGGGCAGCGUUGAGGCCGCCAAGCUCAGCGGCUCGCGGACCGGGCCAGACAGUCUCAGCGUCACAAAGAGGCUGCAAACCGAGCUGAUGCAACUCAUGACCUCACCUGCACCGGGCACCUCGGCUUUCCCCUCCGCCGAUGGCAACCUCCUCUCUUGGACGGCCACCAUCGAGGGCCCAGAUGAUACCCCUUACGCUGGCCUUUCCUUCAAGCUGAGCUUCGCUUUCCCCUCCAACUACCCCUACACCGCCCCCACCGUCCUCUUCAAAACACCCAUCUACCAUCCCAACGUCGACUUUUCCGGCCGCAUCUGCCUGGAUAUUCUCAAGGACAAGUGGACGGCCGCGUACAACAUCCAAACUGUCCUGCUAAGUCUCCAGAGCCUGCUCGGUGAGCCGAACAAUGCCUCUCCUUUGAACGGCGAGGCUGCCGAACUCUGGGACAAGGACCCCGACCAGUUCAAGCAAAAGGUCAUGGGGAGACACAGGGACGUAGAGGACGAGUAA